AUGUCAUAUAUUAUUAACCGUCACAAAACCAUUCUUAACAAAAAUAGGGAGAGAGAUGUUGGUGAUUUUCAUUGUUACCUUCCAUUACUAGCAUAUCUUGAAGCUCUGCCUUCAACGUAUGUUGAUGAAAAAGAUAUAUGCAAAAAUUUGAGUCUAGACGGUUCAUUGUUCCAAUCUACCUCUGCCACUGCAAAAGCAUUCAUGAAUUAUGGAAACAAAAAAUGUCUCGCAUAUUUACAGUCCUUGUCACAAAGAUGCCCAAAAGCAGCUCCACAAUCAUAUCCCAUGGAUGAAGACCAUAUAAAGCUCAACAUUGCUAACCGAUUACAUAGGUUUGGAUUGGGACAAUAUUUUGUGAGAGAGAUUGAAAGACUUUUGUUACGAGUUUAUAGGAAUUAUAAUAAGGCAUCAAGCACGUCGAAUAUGAAUGAUUUGCAGUUUCUGAAAGAUACUAUCACGUUUGAGCUUCUGCGGACAUAUGGAUUCAAAGUAUCACCACUUAUGAAUGAUUUGCAAUCAUAA